CCAGUGCCAGUGCAUACUGGAUUUGGAUCUGAAUCUGCGCGGUUUGCUCGGUAUUCCAUCAUGCUGUUGGCUCUGUUGCUGACACUGAUCGUGAGCCUGAUUGUGGUGUGGCUGCUGCAGCUGGCAAUGAGGGAGAUGAGGCACCCGCUCAGGGGACUGGUGCCCAGCGUCUCGCGGGUGCCGCUGAUUGGAGCCGCCUGGCAGAUGCGCAGCUUCCAACCAGACAAUCUGCAUGAGAAGUUCGCCGAGUACGUGCAGCGCUUCGGACGCAGCUUCAUGGCCACCGUUUGGGGCCAGGUGAUUGUGGUCACGGCCGAGCCGAGCCAUGUGGACGCCUUGCUGCACAGCCAGGAGCAGCUGCGCAAGAGCAGCAUCUAUGGGGCCCUGCGCGGCUGGCUGGGCAAUGGUCUGCUGCUCAGCCGGGGCGGGCAGUGGCACGGCAUGCGCAAGAUCAUCACCCCCACCUUCCACUUCAGCAUCCUGGAGCAGUUCGUUGAGGUGUUCGACAGACAGAGCCAGCGGCUGGUGGAGCGCCUGCAGCCCUUGGCGAAUGACGGUGGGGGGGCUGCCAUCAACAUUUAUCCGUACGUGGGCUUGGCCGCCCUCGACAUCAUCACUGAGACGGCCAUGGGGGUCUGUGUGGAUGCUCAACUCGAUGCCGACUCCGCUGUGGUGCAGGCCGUCCGGACCGUGACGAAUACUCUGGCCACCAGGUUCAUGCGUCCGCAUCUGCUGCCGCCGCUGCUCUUCCGACUCUGCUGGCCCAGCGGCUUUCGGAAGCAGCGCGAGGGUGUCAAGUGCCUGCACCAGUUCACCGACAGCAUCAUCGAGCAGCGUCGCCAGCUGCUGAGGCGAGAGAGAUCAUCCGGUGACCCGGGUGAGCCAGCGGAAGGGGAGCGGGGCAGGCGCAAUGCCUUGCUGGACACACUGCUGAGGGCAAGGGUGGAUGGCCAGCCGCUGACGGACAAGCAGAUACGCGACGAGGUGAGCACCUUCAUCUUCGAGGGUCACGACACCACCACCUCGGCCGUCUCCUUCUGCCUGUAUCUCCUUUCGCGGCACGGGGCAGUCCAGCAGCGGCUUUUCGAUGAGCUGCAGGCGCACUUUGGCCGCGACCUGGACCGCGCCGUGGUCUAUUCCGACUUUGCUGCUUUGCCGUAUCUGAAUUGUGUGGUCAGGGAGGCACUGCGCCUGUAUCCGCCCAUUCCGGCUGUGGGACGUUGCCUGGAAACGGACUUGGCAGUGGAAGGUGGCCGAAUUCCAGCGGGAACCAACGUGAUCCUGCUGCUCUGGCAACUGCUGCGGGAUGAUACGCUCUUCGCGGAGCCGCUGCUCUUUCGACCGGAGCGGCACCUCAGCGCACAGGCCACUCCCGGCAAGGGCGCCUACACCAAUAUACCCUUCAGUGCGGGUCCGCGCAACUGCAUCGGCCAAAGGUUUGCCUUGUUCGAGGUCAAGACCGUGGUCAUAAAGAUGCUCAGACAUUUUGUACUGCUGCCCCUGGGCCCGGAUGUGGAGCCCUCAAUUAAGAUCGUUUUGCGCUCCCGAAACGGUGUUAAUUUCGGACUUAGCCAGCGCUUGUAUUGAACAGCUGUCUGCAGUGCAGGCUCGACUAAUAUUUAAAACUCGCGCUGCUGAUAUCGAUAGCUAUAUCGAUACUUACUAUUAAUACGUCUAGUUAAUUGAAUAAAAUUAG